AUGACCAACAAAGUAACUACAAGCCCAACCACCGAGCGUACAUUGAAGAGCACGCAACAGGACACUGCUACGACUGAAAUUGCGCGACAGCCAAGACAUGCCAUCUCGUUCUCCAUCUCCCGCACGCUCGCGCACGCGCAGCCCUUCUCGCGACCCGUCGCACACAACAUCACCCAGCCGCCCUCGGUCGGCGCAGUCAGGCUCGCCGCGCCGCUCCGUCACCCCUCGCUCGCCUACACGGUCUCGUUCAAUUACUCGAUCGCGCUCGCCGACAUCACCGUCUCCACGGCGCAAUGGGCGACGGAGCUACACACCAGAAAGCAGAUCGCGCUCGAGAGGAACGUCAAAGAAGACCACGUGCGCGAGAUAUUCGGAAAGUACGGUGUCAUCAAGGAACUCACCAUGCCCAUGAACCCCACCUUCAACAUCAAUCGCGGCAUAGCCUACAUUCUCUACGAGGAGAUCGACGACGCCGAACGCGCAAUCGCGAAGAUGCACGACGCACAAUUAGAUGGAGCCAAGAUCCAAGUUUCCAUUCCGGUCACCACGACGAAGCCUAUCGCGCUCUUCUUACAGUCGCUCGCCAUCCAGAACACCACCAAGACGAAGUGGGGGGGGAGGCUAUGGCAGGCGGGACAGUCCACCAAGGAGGGGAGGUCGCGCGGGUGCAGGCGGCGGAAGGAGGAGUCCAAGCUAUAG